AUGUCUGACCAACUUGAAUCGUUUCAGCUCGUAGAGGGAGUUAAGUUCUCCAUAUUUAAAAAUGACUAUGGAAUAUAUGGAGAUCUGAUUCGAGAACGAUGGAGUCAAAAGAAUCUGCAAAUGUUUGAUGCUCAUUUCUGGAUUAACAAAUCAUUGUGGCGUUCUUUGAAAGAUGUGGAGAAUGAGAUCGCCACAGCCAUUUCUACAGAUUCGUUGGAUUUUCACAAAACAUUGGUGAAACAAACUCUUUUGAAAGUAUAUAAGCGAGGCGACGAUGUUAUCGUACAACUGAUCAAGUUUAUGGAAAAGGAAAAAUGUUACGACUACAUCAAAUCGUUGAAACUGACAUUGGAGGCUUGGAACAAAAUGAUGUCAUUAAAAGAUCAAAUUGACGUUCAUCUGGGCUUGAAAAGGAAAGCUGGAGAGGUUCCUACCGUAACCUUGUAUCGUAUAAAAUGCGUCCAUGAAAACGGCAUUACCGACUAUGGGAGUUGGAAUACCUGCCUGGAGUAUGUACAGUCUGAGAUGAAAGAAAAGACUUCUACAACUGACCGUGUGGAUCUGGAGAAGGAAUGCAUCCCCAGUCCGUAAUCUUAACCAAUGGGAUUCUCUACUCUUGCAUCUAUCAAUCUGAACAAUGUAUAAUUAAUAUUAGUUUGUCGGGAUUAUCCUUUAUCAUCACGAUGACAGUAAGGAUUGUAUGCCUAACAUUUGUUGAGUUAUGAAGGUGACCAGGAGGAUAAUGCUCGAUCAGCUAGGACUAUUUGGUGAUAAAUUGUUUCAAAUGACUGCAAACCAAUGCUAUAAUUGAACUAGUAUAACUGUGUAAACUUUGUAUACGUUUUCUUUUAUUGAAUUUAAAUAAAAACAGACAUAUUAAUCGAUA